CGCGUAACCUUGACUACUUCGAAGAGUCUUGGAAUGAGCUUUUUCCGCCGACAUAGUAGCUCAUUCGUAAGAUAUACGUACAAUGGAAAUCAACGAUUCUAAGAAACCCGAAUCGGAAUACAAACAUGCUAUUGAAUUUGUUACGGAUCCGCCUCUCACAGAAGCGCUCGCUCAUCUGUGGGCGGCUGUUCGGAAACUCGGCGAGGAAUCUGUAAAAUGCAUAGAGGAAAAAAAAUCUUUAACACGUAUAAUGGACAAUUACAGGCAAUUAAUGCCAGAAAUCAAACAGUCUAUUUUAUCGGAGCAAAACACAGUGGAAAAACUAAAAGAGGAAUUAAACUCUGCGCAUCGUAUGUUAGACGCUUCCAAUCUCCGAGAACAAAUAAUUCAAGAAUCCAACGAUAAUUUAUUAGCACAAAUAAAGACCUUAAAAACCGAACUGGAUUCGAAAACUAAACAAAUGGAAGAGGAAAGCUUGUUUUCUUCUAUGGGUCAAGGCGAUACUAGCCAAUUAGAGUUGACAAGAACAAAACGAGAACUGGCUAGAAUGGAUGUGGAGAACAAACGUCUAAAUAAUCUCUGUGAAUCGUUAAAAAAAGAGUUAGACGGGGCCGAGUAUAAUGUCAGAGAUCUCGAAGCCGAUUUAGCUGUAAGUGGUCGUAAACAGUGUAUAUCCGCAUUAAUUGGUAAGUCAUUAAUUAUUUCCUAUAUUACUUUUAAGGCUCAAAGUAACAAUCUAGUGAAAGAAAUAAAAACAAAGGAAAAAUUAGAGGACCGCAUAAAAACCGAUCACGAUCAAAUGGAAAAAAUAAAAACCGAACUUGGUAUCACUAAAAACAAUUUCAAAAAGGCUGAAUCCAAUAUAGAAAAACUUAACGAAACAUUAAAAGACUUAAAAAUUGCAAAUAACAAUUUAAACACAAAAAAUACGUCGUACGACAAACAAAUAAAGAAAUUAACUAGAGAAUUAAAAAUUAAAACUGAACUUAGGGCUGACAGCGUUAAAGAAAUAAAUAUACUUCAAGAUAAAAUAAAUUAUCAAGAAAAUGAAUUAUUAAGAGUUCAAUCCGAACUAACACGUUUAAUUGCGACUCAUGAAGCAUCAGUCAGAAAACGACAAGAAGUCAUGGAGGAGGUCGACAAAAUUUCCAAGGAAAAAAAAAAUUCUGAAAAUAGCGUAACUAUUUUAGAACGAAGUUUAAAUACAUCGCAAGAAGAUAAUGUAAAACUCAAAAAAAUAUUGGAAUUAACAGAAAGAGAAAAAAAGUUAUUAGAAAAAAAUAUGACUAAAGUUAAUGAACAAAUAACCGCAUAUAUAGAAAAAAUGAAUAUAAAAGAAUCAGCAUUUCGGGCUUUAGAACAAGAAUUUAGAAGCGCACAAAAAUAUAUUGAUAAAUUAAAUCAAGAUAUAAUUACAAUGAAAAAUAAUAAGGAAAAGUUACACCAAGAAAUAAUAACCUUAAAACAAAAAAUUAACGAAGAUUCGGUAACAUUAAAUCAUAAAGAAGUGGAAGUACAAGAGUUAAAAAAAGAAGUAAAUAAUUGGAGUGAUAAAUUUAAAGAACAAGAUCAUGAUCUACACACUAUAAAAACUGAAAGAAAUCUGUUUUCUAAGAAUCUUGCUGAAUCUAAGGAUGAAACAGAAGAGAUAAAAGAUAAAAUAAAAAUGAUUUCACAACAACUCGAACAACAAAAAGAAUACGUCGCGUACAAAGAAAUGCAAUUGAUGAAAAACGAUACAGUAUUAAAACAAACUGAGAAGGAACUUCAGAAACGUCAACAAGAAAUCGAUGAGUACGAGACCAAAGUGGAAGAAAUGUCAAAUUUACUAAAGAAGAAAAAUGAAGACGAAAAGUCAAUGAUAAUGACAUUGAAAUUAUUGCAAAAAAAUAUAGAAAAACUUCAGAAACAAAAUGAUGAAGGAAACAAAGACAAAAACAAACUCAUAAAUCAAAUAAACAAACGCAAUGAGGAGCUAUUGAAGCAAAAAGAUGCUAAUGACAUAUUAAGAACAACAUUAGGCAAGGGAGAAGUAGAAUAUAAUAAAAGGAUGGACGAUAUUAGAUUACUCAAAUCGGAAGUAAAAAGUCUGAGCGUUCAGAAAAACUUGUUGAUGAAAAACCUAUCGGAAAUAAAUGACAUAAGAGGCGAAGUGCUUAAAUAUGAACAAAAACUUAACAGAGAACGUUUGAAAUGUCGAGCUCUAGAAGACAUAUUAAUCAAACCCACAAACGUACACCGAUGGAGAAUAUUAAAAAACACUGAUCCGCCGGCUUACGAGAUGACUGCCAAAGUGAAAAUCCUUCAAAAACGGUUACUCGAACAAUGCACCAGGGUAUUCGACAAGGAUUUGCAAGUCCAAGAGCUGCAGACUAGGUAUGAAAAACUAAAAGAUGAAUUCAUUAAGCUGCCAGGCAGAGAUAUCUUCAAAGAAAUGAACGAUAUCAAGAGAACUCUAUUGAAAAAAGACGACAAAAUGAGGAGCUUAUCCGGAGAAUUAAUUAUCAGUCAACAGACAACAAAAGAGUGCAUGUUUGAACUGGAGAGAACGAAAAAAGACUUGAACGAAUUCAAAAAUAAAUAUUAUGAACUGAAACGCAUCAUGACGAAAAUCAAACUAAAAAACCAAAAUACUACAGCAUUAACCAAACGAGAUUCAAUUCCUAUAAGUCGUAACAAAUUUUUAGAUAUGACUGUAUGAUUAGUGGUUUUCAAUUUUUUUUUUUUCAGUAACAUUAUAAAUGUUCUUUUAAAUUUGAUUAUGUAUUUUUUUAACACUUCUUUUUCGAAAAAAUAGUACAAGAAAUUAACUACAAUAUUUUAAUAAAAUUCAAAAAUAAAAAUACGAAUU